CGCCGGCGGGCGCGGCUGGUCGGCCGCGCCCGCGGCAGGGCCACGCGCCCGCGGAAGGGCGGCGCGCGCGGCCAGCGGGUGGCGCUCGAGGCGCAGUCAAGCUUGAGGCGCAUCAAGAGCUGUUUCCUCGACCUGGUCGCAGAGCUGCCUGGCCCAUGGAGCGAGUGGCGCAUGCGUAGGCGCCAAGACUUGGAGCGCAAGUGGCAGCAGGAGAUGUCCGAGGAGGCUUUCAAGUUCGCCCCGCUCCAGACCAUCGAAGAAGAGAGGCGCCAGGCCAAGGAGGGGAUCUUCACUCCGCAGGAGUCAAGGUACGCUCCAUCGAAAAAUUCGAGGAUAAAGCCCGCAGAACCUCUUGGCAAGUUGCCCGUGGACGAGCGUAGGCGCAUGGUGGUGGUUGGGAGCGGCCCCGCGGGCUACACCGCCGCCCUGUACAGCGGCCGCGCGCUGCUGCGGCCGCUGAUGUUCGCAGGCGACCUGCCCGGGGGCCAGCUGAUGCUCACCUCCGACGUGGAGAACUUCCCCGGCUACACCGAGGCGGUGGGGGGCCCGACUCUGAUGGAGGACCUGCGCAAGCAGGCGGAGAAGUUCGGGGCCGAGGUGCGCGAGCAGACCGUGACGGCCGUGGACCUCUCGGUGCGGCCCUUCCGCGUUCGGGUGCCCUCCAAGGAGAAGGAGCACGGGCACAUCAUCGAGACCGACGCGCUGGUCAUCUCAACGGGCGCCUCCGCGAAGUGGCUCGGCGUCGAGGGCGAGGAGCAGGUGAAGGGCCGCGGGGUCUCCACGUGCGCCACCUGCGACGCGGCGCUCUGCUUCGACGAGGACGUUCUGGUCGUUGGGGGUGGUGAUGUUGCUUUCGAAGACGCGCUCUUCCUAGCGCGGUUCGCAAAGUCCAUCACCUUGAUACACCGCAGCGACGUUUUCAAGGCGCAGGCCAUCAUGCAGAAGCGCGCGCAGCGGGAGCCCAAGGUAAAGAUCGUGACUUUUUGCCAGGCUCCCCGACAGCGACGACAAGGGACUGACGGGCGCAGAAGUACUCAACUUGAAGACCGGCGAGACGCAGAUCAUGCCCUGCGCGGCGGCAUUCGUGGCCAUCGGCCACGAAUCGCAGUCGCGCCUCUUCAGGGGGCAGCUGAUGCUGGACGAGGACGAGUACAUUGUCCACGCGCAGCCCGGGUUCAGCACCCAGUGCAGCGUCCCAGGCGUCUUCGCGUGCGGCGACGUCGUGGACCGCAGGUACCGCCAGGCCAUCACCGCGGCGGGCUCCGGGUGUGCCGCCGCGCUCGACGCCGAGCGUUGGCUGGACCGCAUCCCCGAGUCAUGGCCUGGCUGGGAGGAGUGAGAACCCGCGCGGGCUGCCGAAGCAGAUGCGCUUCGGGUUCAAGCAAAUGGCAGACAUAGCAGAUGCCAAGAGUGUGUCGAUGGCUACGCCCAUACGCUUCCAUUGGCAUCUGUAUGCACGUAUGCUUGCUAGGUUUUAACAGUGUGUAUUCUUGUCUUUGUCGACAAUCCUCCCACCCGCUUCGCGUGAUGUUACCUCGCUCUUUGAUUAGAUGCUCGAUAACACGCCUACGCAUGCCAGCCAAAUUUUCAAUCUCGGCCUGGCCAGCGCUGCGGUUGAAUUUCAUCUUUCAGGCGAAGUUUGCUCCGCCUUGCAGAUUUCAAGGGUACCAGCUAUCGCAGCAUCGAGUCGAAUGCAAAUUUUAUGAGUGGCGUGUCGUGUUGGCAAGCUCCCUGAAGUAGUCUGCACGGCUUGGGCUGGCAGACGGAUGGAUUGUUCAAUUUUGUGCGCGGGAGAAUCAACCGGGAGAGAUUGGAUCAGCGCCUUCAUAGUUAAUGUUUGGCAGAUGCAGGUGCAAGGGUGAGUAUCCAGCUGGC